UAAUUACACAGAAGCAGGGCAUGUGCUGGCGCUCAUGUUACCUUUGCUUGACUAGUAGUGUGCAGCUGGGCGGUCCUUUACUGCACGAGCUACAAAGUCACUAGAGAACAAAGUUUGAAAUGAGUCCCUGCAAAACAAACCUGUGCAACGCACACUGAGCGAGCGAUCAAUAAUGGAUUCAGCCAAGCGGGAUGAACACAUGAGCGAGCACGCCGCCAACCUACUGGGGACAGGACAGCAGUCCAACCGGACACAAAGCGCCACCAAAACAAAGUCAAGAUACUUGAAAAUCCUCUGUGCGAUCCUUCUACUUGGCUUGCUGGCUUUAAUUCUCACAGUCAUAUUUAUACUCAAACUCCAUUGCAGUGAUAAAGUUACUAAUAGCUGUAGAAACCGCUGCUUGUCCAAAAGUCGUGACUCUAACGUGGCGUGCCACUGUGACGCUGCGUGUGUGAAUGAAGGCACCUGCUGUCUGGACUAUAAGGAAGUGUGUGUGGAACCAAGUCAGUUCUGGACGUGUUCUAAAUUCCGCUGCAGAGAGGAGCGUCUGCUGAACAGCCUCUGCUCCUGUUCUGAAGACUGUGUGAAAGUGGGUGACUGCUGCUCAAACUACAAGAGCAUAUGUGAAGGUGAAAAACCUUGGCUGGAAGAGGACUGUGAGGACAUCAGGACUCCUCAGUGUCCUGCUGGAUUCUCUAAACCGCCGCUGCUUCUGGUGUCUCUGGAUGGAUUCAGGGCAGGAUACAUGGAGGCCUACAGCAGCCUGCUUCCUGUCAUCAACAAACUCAGGAAAUGUGGGACCUCCACACCAUAUAUGCGACCUGCUUAUCCCACCAAGACCUUCCCAAAUCAUUACACCAUAGUGACAGGUCUGUAUCCAGAAUCACAUGGAAUUGUGGACAAUAAGAUGUAUGAUGUCACUCGCAAUGCCUCUUUCAGUUUGAAAGUUGAUGAGAAAUUCAACCCUGCAUGGUACCAGGGUGAACCAGUUUGGCUCACAGCCAUGAAAAACAAACUAAAAACGGCUACUUUCUUCUGGCCUGGAUCCGAUGUGAAAGUCAAUGGACAUUUCCCAGAUUACUGGGUGAAGUAUGACAGGAACAUCCCCUUUGAAAAGAGAGUGGCAAAAAUCUUUGAAUGGUUGCAUUUACCUGAAGGAGAAAGGCCAGACUUUUACACCUUAUACUUCGAAGAGCCUGAUUCUGCAGGUCAUCGACAUGGACCAAUGAGCAGCCAGGUAAUUGAGGCUUUACUGAAUGUCGACAGGCUUCUAGGGAUGUUGAUGGAUGGUCUCAAGGAAAGACAGUUGCACAGAUGUGUCAACCUGGUUCUGCUCUCUGACCACGGGAUGGAAGAAGCGUCAUGCAAGAGAGCUGCGUAUGUCUCCAACUAUCUGGAAAACAUCGAUGACAUCACUGUCAUCCAGGGUCCUGCAGCGAGAGUCCGUCCCAAACAUUUGCCUGAUAAAUUCUUCUCCUUUGAUUAUGAAGGUCUGGUGAAGAAUCUUUCGUGCAGAGAACCUGAUCAGCCGAUGAGGCCGUAUCUGAAGGAGCAUCUGCCCAAACGGCUUCACUUUGCCAGUAACAUCCGUAUAGAGAGAGCACAUCUCUACAUGCAACCCGGCUGGCAAGCAGCACUCAAACCAAAUGAAAUUAAAUACUGCAGGGGUGGCUUCCAUGGUUCAGAUAAUGUCUUCAAGAACAUGCAGGCCAUUUUUAUUGGAUAUGGACCAGGUAUCCAUUCUAAGGCAAAUGUGCUUCCUUUCGAGAACAUUGAAGUCUACAACCUCCUAUGUGAUUUGCUGGGUGUUCCUCCUGCCCCCAAUAACGGCACCCAUGGCAGUUUAAACCAUCUGCUGAAGAACCCACACCACCAGCCGGUGUACCCCGCAGAGCGCUCGGCACCAUCGACAUGCACCCCUGUUAGCGGCUCCUUACGGGACCCUGGCGGCUGCACCUGUGACUCCCUCACUGAGGCUGAGGUGAACCGUCUGAACCAGCAUCUCAUCGACUCAAACUCAAACUCUAACAUGAAGCAUGUUCAUCUGCCUUAUGGAAUCCCGCGUGUUCUUCAGGAGCAGUCAGAUUACUGUAUACUUCACCACAGUGCGUACGUCAGCGGAUACAGCAGAAACAUCCUGAUGCCCCUUUGGGUCUCAUACUCUUUGAAUGCAACGGUGAGCGUCCAGCCCUCGGCAGACACAUGUGUGCGUGCAGAUGUGCGUGUGCAGGCCAGUGCGAGACAGUCCUGCUCAUUCUAUAAGAACAAUUCCACUCUGACCUUUGGCCUCCUGCAUCCGCCCAACUUCAGUCCUACAGGAACUGAGCCAGACUCCUUAAUUACAAGCAACAUGGUGCCCAUGUUUCCUGCUUUCAAAGAUAUCUGGAAUCGCUUUCACGAUGUUCUGCUGGUGAAGUAUUCACAAAAGCUGAAUGGAGUCAAUGUUGUGAGCGGACCAAUAUUUGACAAUGACUUUGAUGGGAACUAUGACUUUAUGAACAAGGGAACCCCGUAAGUUGUUUGGUCAGAUGGUGUUUUCCUGUCUAAGAUGACAAGAACAAGAUACAAAGUGCACCAGACUUUAUGCUCAAGUCUAACAUCAUAUGAUAAAAAUAUUUUAUUAGGCCAAAUGCCCCAUUUACGACCAGACCUAUUGGUAGUUCACAUACUGCCCACUAGUGGCCAAAUAAUGCCAAAAAUGUAUUUAACAAUGCAUUAGACUGAAUUCUUCCCUCAUAUAGAUGAUUCUCUUCUGCUUUCAGGAAAGGGCUCCCAUCCCGACACAUUUCUUUGUGAUUCUUACAAGUUGUAAGAACUCGUCCCUUCCCAUCCGACAGUGUGACGGUCCUCUAGAUGCUGUGUCUUUCGUUCUGCCUCAUCGAGCUGAUCAUCUGGAAACAUGUCAUAAUGGCUCAGACUACUCAUGGCUCCAGGAUUGGGUUCAGUUUCACAUGGCGCGAAUCAGAGACGUUGAGCUUCUGACAGGCUUGAGUUUUUACCAUGACCGGAUAUCUGUUGCUGAAACAUUACAACUCAAAACCACACUCAAAACUUACUAGAAACUUUCUGAACUUAGACCUCGUUUCACUGCGUCUGCAGGCCACAAACGGCACAUUUUUGGAAUGGAAUGGAUCUUUUCAUCAUUGAAACGCAGCUGAGCUUUACCAGACUCUGAAACAAAGACACAAGAUCAUCAUGAGAGUCUUUGAACUGCAAAAAUGGGAAAAUAAAACGUUUUAUUGCUUUAAUGAAAUCUUUAUUCUCAGAGGCAAUCUAUUUAUAUCUGGGGAAGUACCGAGUGUACCAGAAACUGGUCCAGCAAUCCUAGAGAAACUAAAAUUCUGCUUUUCCAAAAAAAUAAAUAAAUAAAAGCUGUUUUGCAGCACACAUGUUAGUGAUUUAACUGUGGUUGGACUGUGGGUCCUGCAUUCAGCCCGUUCCAAAAAGAAAGAGGAUUCUCAAAUGAAACCGUAUCAUGAGCUUUUGUGCAAACAACAGGAAAGCUGCAUUUUCCACAGGAAUCAUUUUCAAAGUGUCACUUGCUAUACAUUGUUUUGUUAUAUUUUAUUACAACAAAUGAAACAAACGCUGUUUCCAGCAGUCUGUAGCAUAUACAGCCAAUUCAUAAUUUAUUUACUCAUGUAUAAUAGGGGUUUGUACUGCCCCUUCAGGCGAGAAUGCAGAAUUACAUCAGACAACAAAAGCAAAAUUUAUGUCACUGUGCAUCUUUUUCUGGAGAUUAAAUGGAUUCACUCUCUCAGGUCAGUUUUGAUACCAAUGAAUUUGCAUCAACAUUCUUUAUUACAUUUGUGUUACUUUUGUUAUUCAAAGUUCAUAACGUGUAAGCAGAGAUGAGAUUGUACUGUAGAUUGUCUCAUUUGUUGAAUAUUGAUUAAAUAUUUAAUAUUUGUGUUAUA